AUGGCAUACAACCGAGGAUAUUCGGGCAACCCGGACGCCCUCCCAGCACACGCCGAACCCGACCAGGCAGCGGCCAUGCUGUCGCAAAACCAUCCCCAGAGGCAGUCGUCAACAGCCAGCUACCACAACAAACCACAGCCUCCGCCGCCUCAGCAGUCGCAGUCGUACUCGCGCCCACCCAGUCACCAAUCUCCCGCCAUGGGCUCCGCCCCGCAGCGCUACGACAACUACCCGCCGCCCCAGCAGCCGCAACAACACCAGCAGCGAUACAGCAGUAACAGUGGAUACGGCCCCUCAGCAACUCCCGCUGCUGGCGGCGCCCCUCCCCCUCCACGCAACGCAUUCGCGUCACCCCACCUCCAGCCAACUAUGGCCAAGGUCCUCGACCAUCUGGCUACCACAAUCGUCCUCCGAUCCCUCAAGCCCAACGCAUUAUGGCCGCUGUUCAUGGCCGUAGACAAGGAGCGCAACGGCCAGCUGAGCGAGUCUUCAUUGCGCAGCGCUCUGGUGAACGGCGACUACACGGCAUUCGACGCACACACUGUGCGCAUGAUGAUACGCAUGUUCGACACAGACCGUAGCGGCACCAUCAACUUUGACGAGUUCUGCGGCCUGUGGGGUUUCCUGGCCGCCUGGCGCAACCUGUUCGACCGCUUUGACGUCGAUCGCUCGGGUAACAUCAGCUUCCAAGAGUUUGCGGAUGCUCUCGUCGCCUUUGGUUAUCGUCUGAGUCCUCAAUUUAUUCAGUUGCUGUUCAACACGUUUGCGAGAACGUCACGCGGUAGAGGCGAUGAAUCAUACGGCGGUGGACGUGAGAAGACGCUCAGCUUCGAUCUGUUCGUCCAGGCGUGUAUCAGCUUGAAACGUAUGACGGACGUCUUCAAGAAGUAUGACGAUGACCGCGACGGAUACAUUACUCUAUCUUUCGAAGAGUUCCUCACAGGUGCGCAAAGCCUUUUCCUCUUCAACUCCAUAUCCCCCGUUACCGAUAAUGGCCUGUACUGA